CCUAAAGGCAGUCGCUUUGAAUUUAUCCCUCUUUCAAAGUAGGAACUUUAGUUUUAUAUUUUUCUAUUUCGAGAACUUAUUAAAUUCGUUUGACAUGGGCAAAAUGUUUUUAAAUGAAGUUAUUUUCUAUGUAAAGUGUUAUACCUUGAAAAACUACUUUAUGUACAUUUUUCAGUGACGCACAAUCAUUUAGAUAAUGUAUGAGAUAAAAUUUUGAUAAUGUUGACAAGAGGGGUUGCUCUGAUGGUAAGCAACCUCCACUUCCAACUAAGAGGUUGUGAGUUCGAGUCUCCCCAAGAGCAAGGUGGGAUGCCGGGGGUCUAUUUGGAAACAGUCUCUCUACCCAGGGGUAAGGUCUGCAUACACACUACUAGCUACAGGCACAGUAUAUCUGUUCUUCCCGAUCUCUCUCCGGGCGAAUUCUCUAUUUCUCCGGCGAACUUCACGAUCUCCCUGCAAAAAAAUAUUUAAGAAUCUUCUCACAACAAAGAGGGACAAGAUUUUAGAUCAGUGGGUUCAGUUCUGACUCGAUCAGGUGAACACGAGUUAAUUUGGUCUAGACUUUAUCAAAUUUCGACCUCCUCCAUGGACAUGUCGCGUUCCCAUUGUUCUCGGCAUGAACAUAGUGAUGAAAAUGAAUACAAGAAAGAUGAUCAAAAUGACAGUGAUAUGCUCACAAGCUUUCCCAAAGAAAAUGGUUGGAUGGUUAAACAUCUUUACCAAUACGAGUCCUUUUGGUCCAGCAGCUAUUAAAGGUAUUAAGAGGGUGCAAGAAUGCUUCAAUGCUCAACCCACAGAUAUUUUUCUAGCUACUUUCCCAAAAGCAGGAACAACAUGGUUCAAGGCCCUCAUUUUCUCCGGCAUGAAUCUAUUCAAUUUCUCCUCUCACCCUUUGCUUGCCAAGGGUCCCCAUGAUUGCAUUCCCUUCGUGGAAUCUAUCAUACAAGAUGAAACUUCCUACCGAGAUUAUCGAAUUUCGUGUUUGCCAUGUUGCCUUUUCGCAACCCACAUCCCUUACUCCUUGUUACCAGCAUCUGUGAUGUCUUCUGGUUGCAAAAUUGUGUAUAUUUUUCGUGAGACUAAAGAUGUUUUUGUUUCAACUUGGCAUUAUAUGAUAAAAGUAAAACCCAAUGAAAUGCCAUCUUUUCCAAUCGAAGAUGCAUUUGAUCUGUUUUGCAAAGGGGUAUCACAUUACGGACCUUUUUGGGAUCAUGUCUUGGGCUAUUGGAAGGCAAGCAUGGAAAUUCUGGACAAAGUACUUUUCUUAAUGUACGAGGACAUGAAGAAAUAUCCCAUUGUUUGUCUUACCAAAUUGGCUAAGUUCCUGGAUAAGCCUUUUACCUCGGAAGAAGAGAGAGAAGGGGUUGUGCAGGAGAUUGCAAGGCUUUGUGGCUUUGAGAGUUUGAGUAGUUUAAAAGUAAAUCAGACCGGAGUGAUGCACCAUUUCAAUUCAAUUGUAGUUGAAAACCGGCAUUUCUUGAGGAAAGGUCAAGUUGGAGAUUGGAAAAAUAAUCUGACGCUAGAGAUGGCCCAACAGUGGGAUGAAAUCACUAGGCAGAAAUUUGCUGGGACUAGCUUGAUAGAAACUUUGUUUGUCGAUACAAUACCCUCUACUGCCAAGGCAUAAGUUAGUGCUCUAAGCUAAGUACUACCAAGGGAUAAAUCGCUAGUCAAACUGUAUAAACAGCAAUCAAAUGACAUUAUGAUUUGCUCCAGGGUUGUAAGAAAUAAAUACUCGCUUCACUGCCAUUCUUUAAAUUCUUAGCUAUUUUUUAUAUGCAAAUGUAAUAGUUCUGCUGUUGGUGCAAUUGUCAAGUGAAUUUAUUCCAUUAAACUUUCAUUCCGUAAAGAAUGACUUUGUACAUAUUAAUAGCAGUGAAAACAAUGAGUGACUUGACACCAUAA